AUGCCUGCCCUCCGUCGCCCAGCUCGGGCUAUCGACUCGCAGCCAUACAUCUCCUCUCUAUACAACGCCGCAGACCUCACUGACGGCGCCAAGUCCUUAGAAUUGAACUACACGGAGCAUCUAGCAGCCCUAGGUCGUGAGGAUAGUCUAGAGGGUAUCGUCGUCUCUGUAGACGACAUAGAAUUCGACAGUGGUCAAACGCACGAUUACUCAGACUCGGAAGGUCCGUCAGGCUCCUCAAACGGAGACACCGGCCAAGCAGACAACAUCGACAGUUGUAGCACAGACCCUUGUCACCACAGCGACGGGUUCAACACCGACAACGAACACGAACACACCCUCUUCCAGAGGGUUUUCAGCGAUCUCAUUGACGAUCCUCAGUGGCCGCGUGUUCAGGACGCUCACAUCGAGGUCUUCCUGAAUAGUUCAGACUGGGAGAAGCUCGUGCAACUUGUCCUAGACGAACAGUAUUUCUACCAAUACUUCAGCUUUCAGUACUUCCACGACGAACAGAUACUCAGGAUGUCCUCAGCCUCCCCCCUCCACGAGGCCGUCUCCAACUUCCUCGGCACUUACGUCUCGCAGAGAGGCAGUCGCAUCGUCAUUGACCUCGGUGAUUUUGUCGGCUCACUCCAAACGGACACCAAGAAGAUGUUCGUCGGCCCUGCUCCCGAUCCAACCGAUCCUUCUCGCCACGUCCAGAGGUUGAAGGCACCCGCAUUGUUGGUACCGGACGGUUCUGUGGUGCUCAGGCUACCGGCCUUCAACGACUGCGGCGAGCUUGUAAAGGAUCUAGACGAGCGUGUGGUGGCAGUGAUCGAGAAGGGGUUCACGGAGCCAUGGGAUCACCUCGUAUAUCGUUUCGGGCAGUACAGCGUGCCUGAUACGCUAAACCCGGAUCUCAACGAGUUACCAGUGUUCCAGCUCGCCGUCAAGGUGUUUGAGCGUCCAGAAUAUCAUUCUCCGUGGAGCAAGGACAUUCCAGAUGCCGAGCUGGACGCGUGGCGAACUCAAUGGGUGAAUGUGAACAAAAGUAGCCUGCGCACGCUCCCGCCGAGCGACGAGGACAAGACGUUGACCGGAAGAAUUCUCGUUGGCGAUCAUACGUUCUGCGGAGAGCUCGAGGCCUACCUGGUGCUGCUCGACUUCUCGGCCGAGAACAGAGGCGAGUUCCGAAACCUAUACGCGAACCAAGAACAAGUGGCCGAGUGGGUGAGGCGCGGCCAAGCUAUCGCGGUGCAAAAGACGUACAGACGUGUAGAAGCCGAGCAAUUUCAGGCAUUCACGAUCAAGUGGAAGACCGUCUUCACCAGGUUCCAGAUGCGCAUCUGGAACCAAAGUGUGCAGGCCUGGGAGGGGUUUGUAGAUGCUCAGCAACGUCGCGGCAUCGAGGUCUACACGGACAACCGAAUCCAGGAGGCCUGGGCCUCGUAUCUUGACUGGCCGUUCGUCGACCUGGGAUCGAAUGUAGCGCAGGUGCCCUUGCAAGAGAUCAUCGAUGCCAUCAUAUCGGGGGCUCAGGCUACGGCGCGACAAUGUUUCGAUGCCUUCAAGAGGAAGCAUUUCGGAGCUGUUCCACGGGCAGCGACGUCGCCGCCUGCUAACCCUGUUGGCGGGACUCCUCCUUCUUUAGAGGUCGAGGCGCAAGAAGAGAUGCAGAAGAUGAAGCUGAAGAGCGAAGAAUUGAAGGCGAGCAUGAAGCGCAAGAGCGAGGAGUUGCGAGAGAAGAGCCUCGUAGCUUCGGCCAAGCAUUCACGCGUUGUUAACGACGGCACACCGUUUGCCCUGGUUGUCGGUAUGGUUGUUGGUAUCAUGUUCCCUCACUUGUAUGCUGUCGUUGUUGCUCCCGCUGUACAGUAG